AUGCCCCCCCAUACCCAGCCACCCGGACCAACCCGCACCACCCCAAUCCUCCAGAUCACCCUCGACAACGCAACCAAUACCCGCCUGGGAAACCAUCCAUCCUACAAACCCGGCGAUACAAUCAGCGGACACAUCACCCUUACGCAUGCGCGCUUCAUCCCCCCAGCCACAAUCAACGUUACACUAACCGGGCGAAGCACGACUACGAUUGCCGUGCGCAGCACAGCCGGGCACGCCGAGUCCCGGUACGAGAGUUCAUUCGAUAUCUUUGAUGGAUGCGUCGAGAGGCUUGUGCUGCAUUCCGACGCUCCUCUUCCUGUUCCUACUGGACCUACGGACCAGGGGCAAGGUCAAGGUGGAGGUGAGGCGAAUAUGAACACUUGGCCCUUUGCACUCACAGUCCCCUUCUCCGUGCGCGAUGUCCGGGGCUACGCGCAGCGCACCGCGGGGUUUUAUUCUUCGCCUGAUGGAUCCGAGGGACCGAUGUUUCUUCCGCCGGGGAGUUUCACCGUCGAUAAAGUGAUUAGCUACGAGGGUGGGAGCAUCCGGCGCGGCAGAGCGGAGGUUUCAUACGCGGUGCAAGCAAAGAUGGAGAUUGGACAUCUCGAUUGCGGUACCAAUGCACCGGCGACGGUUACGCAUACAGCCACAGCACCCUUCCGAAUCGAGACUGUCUCGCUGAGUGACCCAAUCACGAACUUCGGACGCAAGAUCGAAACAGCGCAGCGCGGGGUGCUUUCGUAUACCCUCGUCCCCGGCGCGCAGAAAGAGCUGAAUCUCGCGCGGCGGGCGCGUCGGUCACUCAUGUCCCCGCGUCCCCCCGGGUUCAUGGUGAAAGUCUCCGUGUCCCUCCCGGUUUUCUUGCAAGUGGGCAAUGCGAAUGUGAUUCCUCUUUCUGUGGUUUUCGAGCCGGUGUCUACAUCUGUUAGUGAGGUUCUGCGCGAUGUUCCGCAGACGGCGACAAUCAAAUCGUUGUCGAUACGACUCAGGCCACGGACGGUUUUGCGUGCGGAUACGAUGGUGGUGAAUUAUCAGGACACCAAGACAUGUACGGCGGUUGGACGGGGGAUCUCGAUUUUACCAUUCACUGCGAUUCUCGAUCUCCGGUCUGUCCGUGGACAGGAGAUUUCGGUGCAAUUCACGCCUGGCUCGACAUCCUCAUCAUCAUCAUCAUCAUCAUCCUCCUCCUCAUCAUCAUCAGCAAGCGACCCACUCAACCUCGGCGCCCUCCUCGAUUUCCGGCUCAGAGAGGACAUCCACCCCACAUUCCGGACAUAUAACAUCGCCCGCACGUGGGACUUGGUCUGGGAGAUGGACGUUUCGAUUGCGGGCGAGGUCAUCAAGGCCGGGUCGUCGUACGAGGUGAUUGUUCUGCCGCGGGCGUGGGAUGGUCCGGGGCCCGUGGGAGACGCGCUGGUUUCGGGGGCUGGGGAGGUUUUGCCCGAGUAUGGGCGGGAUGAGGAGUUGCCGGGUUAUUGUGCUGGACCAUCGGGUGGAUGGUGCGUUUGA